AUGUGUCAUGUUAUUGUCACCUGUCGCUCGAUGCUCUGGACCCUCCUGAGUAUUGUGGUGGCUUUUGCAGAGCUCAUUGCCUUCAUGAGCGCCGACUGGCUCAUCGGCACAGCCAAGGGUCGGAGCGGCGCCGAGCCCGACGACCGGAGCGGAGGCUCGUCGGAGCCCUACCACCCGACCUUGGGCAUCUACGCCCGCUGCAUCCGCAACCCCGGCGUGCAGCACGUGCCGCGGGAGACGCUGUGCGGGCCCUACGCCGAGAACUUCGGCGAGAUUGCCAGCGGCUUCUGGCAGGCCACCGCUAUCUUCCUCGCCGUGGGCAUCUUCAUCCUCUGCACCGUGGCCUUGGUGUCCGUCUUCACCAUGUGUGUGCAGAGCAUCAUGAAGAAGAGUCUUUUCAACGUCUGCGGGCUGUUGCAAGGGAUCGCAGGCUUGUUCCUGAUCCUGGGUCUGAUACUCUACCCUGCUGGCUGGGGCUGUCAGAAGGCCGUAGGCUACUGCGGACACUAUGCGUCAGCCUACAAGCCUGGAGACUGCUCCUUGGGCUGGGCCUUUUAUACCGCCAUCGGAGGCACGGUCCUCACCUUCAUCUGUGCUGUCUUCUCCGCACAAGCAGAGAUUGCAACCUCCAGUGACAAAGUACAGGAAGAAAUCGAAGAGGGGAAAAACCUUAUCUGCCUCCUUUAG